UGCCCAGCAGACGACAAGUCUAGUAUACACAAGUAGAGUACUCCUUUCAGUACUUGAGAUAUAUAGGAUAGAAAAAGCAUAGAAUAUGAAUAGUUAUUUAAUUUGUUUACUGUUUUCUCCUUUCGUAAAAUGAACAGUGAUAUUUAUAUGGGACUUUCAUCAAGACAAAUCUUUCUUUUUUUAUUUUGUGUUUUGGUGACAACGAAAGCCUGCACUUCGGGUUGGUUCGGAUCAAAAUGUCAGUUCAUGUGCUACUGCAGUGGCGCUAAUGGCAUUUGUGACGACACUGGCAGGUGCUUAACAAAAUGUGACAACGGAUGGUUUGGACAGUCAUGUCAGUACCCCUGUCAAAGUGGUCAGUGGGGUCUUAACUGUACCAACCAGUGCAGUAUAAGCUGUUACGAUGGAUCAUGUGAUAGGAUAAUCGGUCAGUGUGACAAAGGAUGUAACGGAUUUAUCAAUCCACCCUUUUGUAACACAGAAUGCGGCAUUAAUACCUGGGGACCAAACUGUCAAUUUUACUGUCGAACUAAUUGUUACAACAUGUCAUGUAACAAGGUUACUGGAGUUUGUAACAGUGGAUGCAUUGGCUACAUGGACCCACCGAACUGUAUCGUAGAAUGCACAUUGGGAAAAUGGGGACGUAACUGUGUCAAUAACUGCAGCAGAAACUGUAAAGGACAAAGUUGUGACCGAGUUACCGGACAUUGUGACUACGUUUGCGAUAGCGCCUCAGAUCUCUCCUGCCCUUCCGAUUGUCCAGCAGGUUUUCACGGUGCUAACUGCAGCCUGCUGUGUUCUUCCAACUGUAAAGAUAAAGUUUGUAACACACUUGGUUACUGCCUCCUAUGUAAAGCUGGAUAUACAGGUCUCUACUGUGAGAAUGAUUGUCCGACUCGUCAGUGGGGCAUGAAUUGUAGUACCGCCUGUAGUGACGAGUGCUUCAAUAAAUCAUGUGAUAAAACAUCCGGUGUUUGUAUUCAAGGUCAAGCGGGAGACACAACAGAGUCCAGUGGUUUGACAUUCCCGGCAGGUGUUGGUGUUGGAGUAGCUGUUGGUGCUGUGGUUGUCGUCUUGAUAGUUGUUGUUGUUUCUGUCGUAUGUCGACGAAGACGUAAGCAACAACAACCACAACCACAAAGUCACGAGGAACCAAAACGAGGCACACGACUGCAUGCUUAUGACGGUGUCAAAAAAAUUAACGAAUACAGUCAUUCAUACGAAGAAACUUUUGCACCUGAUAAAUUCAAGCCAGAUGAAGUUAAAACAGAUAACAAGACAGUCAAGACAUCUCAAGACCCGCCAAAUUCAAUUUAUGAUAACAUUGAAGAAUGUACAUCAUUGGGAGAAUAAUUUCAUAAUGUCUCAUUAUUCACCUUGUAACAUAUUAAUUUAUAAAUUUUAUAAUAAUAAUU